CUGCAGCGGUGGAGACAUCAGCUGAGGAUCAUCAUGAGGUCUCUGGUGUUUCUGCUUCUCGUGGCCGUGGCCGGCGCUCGAGUCUACGAACGCUGUGAACUCGCCCGAGUGCUGAAGAGCCAAGGGAUGGACGGCUACCGGGGCAACAGCCUGGCCAACUGGGUUUGUCUGAGUCAUGGGGAAUCGAACUACAACACAAGAGCCACCAACCACAACACCGAUGGAUCCACAGACUACGGCAUCUUCCAGAUCAACAGUCGCUGGUGGUGUAACAACGGCCAGACGCCCACUUCCAAUGCCUGUAACAUCAGAUGCAGUGAGCUCCUGACGGAUGAUAUCAGCGUGGCGAUCAACUGUGCCAAACGAGUGGUCCGGGAUCCAGCCGGGAUCGGAGCCUGGGUGGCGUGGCGUCGUAACUGUAAGGGCCGUGACCUGUCGUCCUAUCUGGCAGGAUGUAGACUGUAAAACCAACAUCUGGAACCUGUCCACAUGAGGCUCCGGACAGUUUCUUCUUUCUCAAGUGAAUUAUUAAUCUUUACUGAAGUCUGUACUUCAUUUACCUGAUCAGAGAAGAGAAACGUGGUGAUUCCACCUGGUUCUGCUCAAAUCUUAAUAAACAUCUGAUUCCUUUGUCAACGUCAA